GCCAAACAAUCGAAUGCCUCGAACCAGUAGCAUGUUGUUUGCCAUCGAGUUCGGUUUUAAAGAGAUGCUGGCUCUUUGGCUCGUGGUGGCUUUAAGUGUGCUCCUACACUGGCUCUAUAAGGUCAACAAAGAAUUCUAUAUUCUGGCUUUCUUGGCCAGAAGAGUCAAGACGAAGAAUGGCAAGCCUGCGGAGAGUAUUGUUCCCGUGCCCAAGGGUAACACAAUAUUUGCCAAUUGUUUUGAUUAUUUUGGUAAAAAUCGAGUGGAAAUUUUUAAACAAAUUCGACGUAUGGCUAGAACAGCAGCUGGUGAAAGUUACAUUCAGUAUCGUUUGGGUAAAGCCACUUACAAUGUGAUCGAUGCCCGAAAUGCCGAGUUUAUACUGAACCAUCCAAAUCUGACAACCAAAGGUUUUGUUUACAAUUUCUUACAUCCAUUUUUGAAGACUGGAGUGUUGACAUCAAAUGAAUGUAAAUGGCAUACGAGAAGAACUAUGCUAACCAGGACAUUUCACUUUAAUAUUUUAAAUCAGUUCCAAGACAUCUUUAUAACCGAGAGCUUAAAGUUUGUAGACCAAUUCAAUGGCCUCAACUCUUUCAAUGUUUGGCUAAGUGACCCCAUAGCAAAAUUUACUCUGAACAGCAUUUGCGAGACCGCCAUGGGAGUGAAACUGGAUGAAAUGGCAGAAACUGGCGAUCGCUAUCGGGAGAGCUUUUAUUUAAUUGAUGAAUGUUUUGUCCGGAGAGUGACCAAUCCGCUCUAUUGGGGCGAUUUCUGGUACCACCUCCUGGCCGCCCAUGGAUACUGUGCAGCCUUAAAAAUGGUUCAUGACUUUUCGAGUGAUAUCAUAGCCAAACGCAGGAUUCUCCUUGAAGAGGAGUUGGAGUACAGAAGAGCCACCCAAGAAGCCGAUGAUGAUCUAUGUGUUCCCAGGGGGAAGCCCUUUGCCAUGUUGGACACUCUGAUUUGUGCUGAAAAAGAUGGCCUGAUCGAUCACAGUGGCAUUUGUGAAGAGGUGGACACUCUGAUGUUUGAGGGCUACGACAGUCCCUACAUUGGACUAACCUUUGCCCUGUUGAACAUGUCCUUCUACGGCAAACAUCAGGAUAUUUGUUACCGAGAGAUUCAAGAUCACAUUGAUGACGACUUGAGCAACCUGAACGUGACACAAUUGGGAAAACUCAAAUACCUGGACUACUUUUUAAAAGAAACAAUGCGUCUCUAUCCAUCCAUUCCACUAAUGUGCCGUGAAACUAUCCAGGCAACAGAACUUUUCAAUGGACUAAUCCUGCCCAAACGAUCUCAAAUAAAUAUUCAUGUAUUUGACAUCCAUCGCAAUCCCAAAUACUGGGACAACCCCAACGAAUUUCAUCCAGAACGUUUUCUGCCCGAGAACUCCCAAGAUCGUCACACUUAUGCCUUUAUACCAUUCAGUGCCGGGCAAAGAAAUUGCUUAGGUCAAAAGUAUGCCAUGCAACAGAUGAAAACCCUGAUGGUUGUCGUGCUUAAGAAGUUUAGAAUAUUACCAGCCAUGGAACCCCAGUCCAUUAUCUUCCAAAUGGGAAUUAAUCUGCGUACCAAAAACAAAAUGCAAGUCAAGUUCGUGAGACGAAAAAAAGCUCGCUUGAUGGGAGAGGUGGAAACCGAAAACACAACAGUCUACUUUGUUGAGCGGUCUGGCUCGGUCGACAACAACAUGCUCAUUCUGUGGCUUCUAGCAGUGCUAAGUGUACUCAUCCACUGGCUCUAUAAGGUAAACAAAGAUUACUACAUUCUGUCGUUCUUCGCCAGACGAGCUCGAACCAAAGACGGUCGAAGUGUGGAGAGUCUGGUUCCCACUCCAAAGAGUCGCACUAUCUUCGGCAACUGUUUCGACUGUAUAGGAAAAGAUAAUGCCGAGGUAUUCCAAUUCUUUCGGGACCAGGCCGUGCGAUACGGAGAGUGUUACCUCCACUACACGCCAGGGAAAGCCAGUUUCAACGUCAUAGACGCUCCGACGGUGGAAAACAUAUUGAACCAUCCAAAGCUCAUCAACAAGGGAUUUAUGUACGACUUUCUGCAUCCAUUCCUCAAAACUGGAGUUCUGACAGCUAAAGAAAAGAAGUGGCACACGAGGCGGGGUAUGCUUCAAAGAACAUUUCAUUACAAUAUUCUGAACCAGUUUCAAGAGAUCUUUAUAGCCGAAAGCCUCAAGUUUGUGGAGCAAUUUAAGGGAAAAGAGUCAUGCAUCGUCUCUCUAAGGGAUCCCAUUUAUCGUUUUACUUUGAAUAGCAUUUGUGAAACUGCCAUGGGUGUUAAAUUAGACGAAAUGGGAGACUCUGGCAGUCACUACAGGGAUAACUUGCACCACAUCGAUGAAGGAUUCGUACGUCGUAUAAGAAAUCCUUUUUAUUGGGGUGAUUUUUGGUACAACCUUUUUGCAGCCCGAGAUUACGCGGCUGCUUUGAAACAAGUUAAUGGGUUUUCCAGUGACAUUAUUGCCAAAAGGAGAAUACUUCUGGAGGAAGAGUUGGAGAACAGGCGCCUGAAUCAAUCUGCAGAUGACGAUAUCGGCUUUACGUCCAAGAAACCCUUUGCUAUGCUGGACACUUUGAUUUGUGCUGAGAAAGACGGUCUCAUCGAUCACAAAGGUAUUUGCGAGGAAGUAGAUACUCUGAUAUACGAAGGCUACGAUAGCCCCUUCCAUGUGAUCAAAUUCGGCCUCAUGAACAUGUCCCUCUAUCCUGAUCAUCAGGAGAACUGUUACCGGGAGGUCCAGGAACUCAUACGAGAUGAUCUAAGUAACCUGGACACAAGGCAGUUAAAUAAUCUUAAGAAUUUGGAUUGCUUUCUGAAAGAGACCAUGAGACUGUUUCCUUCUGGACCAAUUUUGGCGCGUCAAGCCGUCGAAGAAACAGAACUAGCCAACGGCCUCAUCCUGCCCAAGGGUAGCCACAUCAACAUACACAUCUUUGACAUUCAUCGUAAUCCCAAGCACUGGGACUCGCCAGAGGAGUUUCGUCCCGACAGGUUCCUUACUGAAAAUUGCCAGUGGCGACAUCCCUACGCCUACAUACCCUUCAGUGCUGGAUCAAGGAAUUGUUUAGGUAAAAAAUUUGCCAUGCAAGAGAUAAAAACUCUCCUGGUGGUCAUUCUGAAACACUUCAGGAUUGUUCCAAUAACCAAUCCGGAACCUAUUGUUUUCCAAAUGGGAAUUCAACUGCGGACCACAAACACAUUAAAAGUCAAGUUUGUGAGAAGAACAUAGCAUUAAUAUAAUAUAUGCAACCUAUAGGCUGGAAAAACUCAUAUUAAAUAGGUUUAUAAUAAUUUACCUGACACUUUCUUAGUGAUAAGGAUUCCUCGGUAGGCAAGUGCAACCAAAAAAUUAUCAAAAUGCAAUAAAAAUAUUACUACACUAAGAAAACUUAA